AUGACUCUCGUGCUUCUUUCCUGCUUCUUCACUGCACAUCCCAAGCACCUAGAUGAUACCAUCAUCAUUUCCAUCGAGACCAUCAUCGUUUCCAUCGAUACCAUCAUUGUUUCCAUCGAUACCAUCAUCGAUACCAUCAUCGUUUCCAUCGAUACCAUCAUUGUUUACAUCGAUCCAAUCUCCUCCAUCGAUCCAAUCAUCGUUUCCAUCGAUCCUAUCAUUGUUUCCAUCGAUCCAAUCUCCUUCUACAUCAAUCCGAGACAUCAUCAUCAGCUAUGGCAAAUUAAUCAAACCAACCCCGGGCCUCAUCUCAACAACUCAAGCACCCCAGUCCCCGCUUAUAGCACCAGCGUGGUUCAUCUUCCCCCUGGACCUUGGGCAGAUAGAGCCAAAAGUCUGAUAUGGGGAUGUGCCUUCAAAUUAAACCAGCUCAAGACUCCUUUACUCCGCUAUGCAUCAGCUCUGCCCGCACAGCGGGAGCCCACAGUUCGUGCAAGUCGAGGGUGGACCCCAGAUGGUUUUGACAAGAUGAUUGGGGAACGAAAGAUGAAUGUCGAGGCCAUACUUGCCCAGACCGUCGGUAUAGUUGCAACUACGCAGUGCAGAAGCUGUGCACGAGUAAGAGGCCCUUUCACCAUUUGUGUGAUUCUUCCUGGAUCUGGAAUGAGGGAAUGCGCCUCUUGCCACUGGUACAGCAGUGGUAGUCGGUGCAACUUCACCUCUCAGACUACGACGACAACGACUACGGCAACGACCACGGCAACGACGACAGCAACAGAAACAGCAGCGACAACGACGGUGGCUGCCCCUGUCCAGGCUAGUCAGGCUACCAUUAUGGCGCCGCAGCCUCCUACUGUCUUGCCAACAAGUGAAGACAACUCCGCCAAACUGGCGACAACCUCUAUUGCCGGUGAAUACAGCCCAGAGGCUCAGACCUCUCUUUCUCAGCGUCCAGAGGAGGAUCACGCUCCUAUUGAGGUGCCCUCUGUCGAACAAUUUCGGUGGGAUAUUACUUUCACUUCUCUGGAAGCUCGCCAGAGACUUGGGAGCGAUGUUGCUCUGCUUGCGGGGCAGGCGGAAGAUGGUGUGGACUUCGACGGCCGUUUGGAAAUCCUGCGGGCGGUCACUGAGUUGAAAGUGGCCGGAGACGAGCUGCGGACAAUGGCACAGGAUUUGUGUUGUAUGGGGAGUUGGCUGGGUUGGGACUAG